AAAUAAAUGUUUUAAAAUGCCUUUUAAUAUAAACUAAUGUUUUAAUUUAUUUUAAAUAUUGUGCUCGUUGUUUUGAUAAUAAUAAAUUAUGGCUGUGAAUACCGGAAAAUACGAGGCACAAAAUUUUAGCAGAGAGGAAGAGUUUGGUUACAGACAGUCUCGAGAAAACGAUGAGAUUGAUUCUAAAUAUGGGUUCGAGAGAGUUAAAGACAGCCAAGAAAGGACUGGUUUCCUUAUUAAUAUGCAUUCGACCGAAGUGUUGGAUGAGGACCGAAAGUUGGUCAGUGCCUUAGAUAUGUACUUCAUGCAAAUGGACGGAUCACGUUUCAAAGCAACAGUCGUCUAUCAGCCUUAUCUCUUGGUGAAGACUUUUGAAAAACACACGCUUGAAGUAUCGAGGUUUUUAAUCAAGAAAUAUUCAGGACAGAUAUUAAAAAUUGAAUCUAUCGAGAAGGAAGACUUAGAACUGCACAACCAUUUAAUUGGUUUGAAACAAACCUAUUUAAAAUUAUGGUUCCCAAACAUAAGUGUACUGACAAAAGUACGCAGACACUUAUUACAAGUUGUAAAAAAGAAUAAAGAACGCGAAAAAGCCAACACAUUCUAUAUACAGUCUUUAAAAAACUCUUUAGCUGGAAACGAUGAAGAGCAUUCUGUAAAAUAUUUAGAUCACAUGGAUCACAUCAUCGAUGUCAGGGAGCACGAUGUCCCUUACCAUGUUAGAGUUUCAAUCGACUUAAAAAUCUUUUGUGGUUCCUGGUACACGAUAAGAUGUCGAGGUCGUACUGAUAUGCCAGUGAUAACUGCAAGACCCGAUAUUAUAGAAAGACCAGAUCCUGUAGUCUUUGCUUUCGAUAUUGAAACGACAAAGUUGCCUCUGAAGUUUCCAGAUGCGCAAACCGAUCAGAUUAUGAUGAUCAGUUAUAUGAUUGAUGGACAAGGAUAUCUAAUAACAAACCGCGAAAUAAUAUCAAGCGACGUCGACGAUUUCGAGUACACCCCAAAACCAGAAUUCGAGGGAAACUUUGUAAUCUUCAACGAACGAAACGAAAAAGAACUUUUGCAAAAAUUCUUCGACCACAUCCUCGAUGUCAAGCCCCACAUAUUUGUCACAUACAACGGCGACUUCUUCGAUUGGGCAUUCGUUGAAACUCGGGCUGCAAUACACGAUAUGGAUAUGAAGAAGGAGAUUGGGUUUUCGAAAAACAAGGAAGGAGUUUAUUUGUGUCGACCUGGGAUGCACAUGGAUUGCCUGUGUUGGGUGAAAAGAGAUUCCUACCUGCCGGUCGGUUCUCAGGGUUUAAAAGCAGUGGCCAAGGCGAAACUAAACUACAACCCUGUCGAAUUGGACCCUGGAAUGUGCAAAAUGGCAAUCGAGGACCCUCAAGUUUUGUCGAAUUAUUCGGUGUCAGAUGCCGUCGCUACUUAUUAUUUGUAUAUGAAAUACGUGCACCCUUUUAUAUUUGCCUUGUGUACUAUCAUUCCUAUGGAACCGGACGAGGUUUUAAGAAAAGGUUCGGGUACUUUAUGUGAAACUUUAUUGAUGGUUCAAGCUUUUCAUGCAAAUAUUAUUUUUCCAAAUAAACAACAAUCGGAACUUAAUCCAUUUACAAGUGAUGGUCAUGUUUUGGAUACGGAGACUUAUGUUGGUGGUCACGUGGAAGCCUUGGAGUCAGGAGUCUUUAGGGCAGAUCUACCUUGCAGGUUCCGUUUGGAUCCAACAGCCUUUGAUGAAUUGUUAUCAAGUGUUGAAAGAACUUUGGAACAUGCGAUUGUAGUCGAAGAAGGUGUACCGCUCGACAAAGUCACCAAUCUUGAAGAUGUAAGUUUAGAAAUAAAAUCAACCCUAACAUCACUCCGAGAUGCCCCUAAUAGAUUCGAACAGCCUGUGAUUUACCAUUUGGACGUAGGAGCUAUGUACCCUAAUAUCAUUCUAACAAACCGACUGCAACCGAGUGCAAUGGUCGACGAAGAGACAUGUGCAGCUUGCGAUUUUAAUAAAUACAACGCUCCUUGUAAAAGAAACAUGGAAUGGUUGUGGAGAGGAGAGUUUUUGCCGGCAAGUCGAGGAGAGUUUCAGCGAAUUCAGCAGCAAUUAGAGACGGAAAGAUUUCCUCCCCUGUUUCCUGGUGGGCCGAUGAGGGCUUUCCAUCAGCUUUCAAGGGAUGAUCAAGCUGCUUAUGAGAAGAAGAGGUUGUCGGAUUAUUGUAGGAAGGCUUAUAAGAAGACUAAAGUCACUAGGACUGAAACGAGGACUUCUACUGUUUGCCAGAAGGAGAACUCGUUUUAUGUCGAUACUGUUAGAGCUUUUAGGGAUCGUCGUUACGAAUACAAAGGCCUUACAAAGAAAUCCAAGGCCGAAGUAUCGAAGGCUAUUGCAAGUGGUGAUGCAAUUGAAAUAAAAGCGGCCAAGGGCCGAGAAAUCCUUUACGAUUCUUUGCAAUUGGCCCACAAAUGUAUUUUGAACAGUUUUUAUGGAUACGUCAUGAGGAGAGGGGCUCGGUGGCAUUCAAUGCAAAUGGGUGGCAUAGUGUGUCUCACAGGUUCCAACAUUAUCAGAAAGGCUCGAGAGAUCAUCGAAAGGGUCGGUAGGCCUUUGGAAUUGGAUACCGAUGGUAUCUGGUGUGUUUUACCGGCGACUUUUCCCCAGAAUUACGAAGUCAUCACUACGCACGAGAAGAAAAAGAAGUUUACUGUUUCGUUUCCUAAUGCUGUACUCAAUAUGAUGGUGAAGGAUCAUUUUACAAACGACCAAUACCACGAGCUCGUCAGGCCCGCCGGAGCAGACGGACCCGAUUCCAAGCCCGUGUACACGACCAGAAGUGAAAAUUCGAUUUUCUUCGAAGUCGACGGCCCUUAUUUAGCAAUGGUUUUGCCUGCUUCCAAGGAAGAAGGGAAAAAAUUGAAAAAACGUUAUGCUGUCUUUAAUUUCGAUGGGUCACUUGCUGAGUUGAAAGGAUUCGAGAUUAAACGUCGUGGCGAACUCCAAUUGAUAAAAAUUUUCCAGUCUUCAGUGUUCGAGGCCUUUUUGCAAGGGACUACCAUCGAAGAAUGUUACGCGAGUGUAGCUAAGGUUGCUGAUUACUGGCUGGACGUUUUAUAUAGCAAGGGUACUAAUAUGCCUGACAGUGAACUGUUUGAGUUGAUCUCAGAAAAUCGUUCAAUGAGCAGAAAAUUAGAAGAUUACGGAGCACAGAAAUCUACAUCCAUAUCUACAGCUAAACGACUGGCCGAAUUUUUGGGAGAUCAGAUGGUUAAAGAUGCGGGACUUGCUUGUAAAUUCAUUAUUUCUAGCAAACCAGAAGGCGCUCCAGUAACUGAGAGGGCUAUCCCAUUGGCUAUUUUCCAAUCUGAAUUAACUGUCCGUCGACAUUAUUUAAGAAAGUGGCUUAGAGACAACACUAUGGGCGACGCCGAUAUCCGACAAGUCCUGGAUUGGAAUUACUACAUUGAAAGAUUGGGAGGUGCAAUCCAAAAAAUCAUAACAAUCCCUGCAGCUUUGCAAGGUUUAUCAAAUCCUGUGCCAAGAGUGCAACAUCCAGACUGGUUGCACAAAAAAAUGUUAGAAAAAAACGAUGUGUUGAAACAGAGGCGAAUUAACGAACUGUUCAGGGCCGAACCGAAGCCGGUUCAGACACAGAACACAGACAAUAUUGCUGAUAUCGAGGAUAUUGGAGGAAGUUCCAGCAAUGGACCAGGUAAUAAUAGUGUACCAUUAUCGACGACAAGAAAGCGUCAAAGAUCAGAUGAAGAUGAGAAUCAAGCGACGACUUCUGCAAUUGUUCACAAAACUUGGAGAGAUGCUCUAGGACCUCCCCCUUCUUUUGGAACGACCAGAAAGGAGCAUAUCGAAUGGAUUAAAUUCCAGAAGAAGAAGUGGGAGUGGCAGUGGCAACAACGACAAGGAGGAGAUGCAAGAAAUUCGAAACGCCAACGCUCAGACAACAGAACGAAUUCUGUCCUUCAAAGUACAACAAUUGCUAGAACUUCCGCAACGAUCGGCGGAUUUUUGAGAAAAGCGCAGAAAACUUUACUCGAUUCGCCAUGGCAGAUUAUACAAAUUGGACGCAGUUCUGAACCAGGAGUAUACAGGCUUUGGGCCUUGAUAGGCAACGAGUUGCACCAGAUUCGUCUGACGGUGCCAAGAAUUUUCUAUGUCAACCAAAUGACACCUGCACCCCCCGAAGAAACAAUGUGGAAGAAGGUUCAUCGGAUUUUGCCGAGGGCCAGACCGGUUUAUAACCUGUAUCGGUACAGUGUGUCAGAAACUGUGUUUCGAGAGAACAGCUUGGGUCUCCUGGCCGAUUUAGCAGCACCCACAAUCGAAGGCAUUUACGAAACCCAAAUGUCACCGGAAUUCCGCGUCCUUCUCGAACUCGGCUGCAUCUGCUGCGUCGAGCGAAACGAAGCCAAAAAGCUAUCCCUGAAUUCCUCCAACGCCCUACAAUCAUUCCACCUAGAACAACUGCAAAUCUACAACACCAACGAGAUAAAAAAAUCCUAUCUCGACGACUCUCAGAACGUCCUGAAACGUAUAUUCUUCUACCAGCACAGCAUACCUUCUAGCAAACGCGAAAUCUGGGCUUUGUUUUUUAACGCGACCAGAAAGGGUUAUGUAAUAGUCGUCGAUACGGUUAAGACGAACCAGAUGCCGAAUUUGAAAUCUUUGUAUGCUGCCGAAAGAGAGGCUAAGUUUGGUGGAAGUCAGAAUGAAAAUGGUAAAUUGCCGCCGGAGAAUUUUAUUUUCGAAGUCCAUUUCGAGACUGGUAUGAAUCAGGUUUACAAAACUGUGCAGACGGUGCUCAAUUUGUACAAGGAGGAGAGGAAAGGACCUACCCUGAUGGCCGUGCAGAGUUCUUUGGGGCUGGAUAAAUUGAAUGGGCUGAUACCGACGUUGAUGGAAUUCCCGCAAGCACAGAUUCACGUGACAGACUCUGCUUCCUUACUGGCUGGUCUCGAUUGGCAAAGAACAGGUUCACGAGCUGUUAUCAGACAUUAUUUCAACAUGGAUCAUAUAUUAAAUUUGAUGCUGAAUCAAUGCAGGUAUUUCCGCAUCCCUAUAGGCAACAUGCACCCCGACACCUUCCUCUUCGGUGCAGACUUGUUCUUCGCAAGGAACCUCCAGAAGCACAACUUUGUCCUGUGGUGCUCCUCCACGAACAGACCUGAUUUAGGAGGUCGAGAAUCGGAUGACAGUAGACUCCUUUCCGAAUUCGAAGACUCCAAAACAGCUUUGAAGAAUAAACAAGGACUUUACACGAACGUUUGCGUGGAAUUAUCGGUCGACAGUCUUGCUGUGAGCGCUCUGUUGCAGGCUAACAGGAUACAGGAGACCGAGGGAGCAGUGUCAGGUAUGACCUUCGAUACGAUCCCCCAAGCGUCACUGGAGGACAUGAUAGCCCCCCAAACCAACUCCGUGAUGCUCCAAAGUUACGACGACACUGCCCUUUGCAGUGCGGCUUUCAAAGUAAUGCGCUCGAUGGUGAAUUCGUGGCUCAGAGAUGUCACAAUACACAGGAACGUGUUCGCCGAUUAUCAAGUGAUGCAUUUCUAUCGAUGGAUACAGUCUUCGAGGGCACUUUUGUACGAUCCGGCCCUGCGAAGGGCCCUGAACAAUCUGAUGAAGAAGCUGUUCUUGCAACUGGUUGCGGAGUUUCAGCGACUCGGGGCCGAUAUUGUGUAUGCUGAUUUUAAUAAGAUUAUUAUAUGCACAGGUAAAAGAAAAGUCUCCGAUGCCAUCGGAUACGUCGAUUUCGUCGUCCAGAGCAUCAGGAAUAAAGAAUUAUUUCAUAGUAUAGAUUUAUCCUAUCAGCAAUGCUGGGAUUUCCUUCUAUGGAUGGACGCUGCCAAUUUUUCGGGGGUUCGAGGAAAAUUACCAAGUGGUUUGGUGAAUAAUACAGAACUCGAAAUGGGGACUGCUGAAAAUGAUGAUGAGGAUGAUGAAGCGCAAGACCUAGACAUGAACUGGAACAUAGCAGAAGGCCUACCAGCCGACCUCAAUUGUCGCGAGCACUUCGAAGCCCUAAUGCUAAGAUACAUGGAAGAACUGGCGACUAUCAACAGAGAACUACCGGACAACACGAUACAAAGCAGUCACAAUGUCAGUCUCGAUGCCGCCAUGAACGUUUCGAAAGCCGUCACCAAUUUAUCCUUCAUGGCCCUUGGGGCUGUUCAGAAAAUGCACAAAUUGAGACUGAAGAAGGAAAAGAUGACCUCGAAUCCUGCUCUGGAGUACGCCAAGGCGGUUCAUAAGGUGCUGUCGAUUGAUACGAGGACUGAGGAAGAGGUUGAGACUCUACAUCAUAAUAUGUUGCGACUAAUUGGUGUCGGCGAUUUUAGUGAUCGUGCCAUUUGGACGAAUCCUUGUGACUCCUUUGUACUUCGCGAGAUCAUUUGCAAGACUUGCAACCAUUGUCGGGAUGUCGAUCUUUGCCGGGACAAACAUCGGGCCAUGAAGGACGACUUGCCCGUCUGGUUAUGCGCCAACUGCCUCGUGGCCUACACCACCGAGUACAUCGAGAUAAAACUCUUAGACAUUUUCCAGAGGAAAAUAAUGUCCUACGCCCUACAAGAUCUGAUUUGUUCGAAAUGUCGGGAAAUCAAAAGGGAAAAUUUGGCAAAACACUGUUCGUGUGCCGGAGAAUUCCAAAGUCUUCUGUCGCGAAAGGAUUUCGAAAAUUGUAUGAAGACUUUGAAGAAGAUCGCUGUCGAGUAUCAGAUGGAAUUAUUGUUGGAGACUGUUGACAAAUUUUAA